AAUCCCCAGCACCACCAAAAAAAAAAAAAAAAAAAAUAGCCUUUAGAGGAACACAGUGACAUAGUAUAAUGGCAUAAGAGAAGUUUUAAAAGGCAAAAAUCAGAACAACUUCAUGGGGGCACUGCCUCAUCAUGGUUCUUAUUCAGUCCCCACCGGGCCUCCACCACAUUAAAAUUCCCACCUUAAGCCAAACUUCAGAUUCCCCAUAUCUGAGCUUGUUUUCCUCCUGCAAGACACUACCAGGCCUCUUUUUUUAGGGGGAGGGGUAGAGCUGUUGUGCUGGUCCUUGAGCAUGUUAAGCACAUGCUCUACCACUGAACUACACCCCGCCACACACCAAACCUACCUGGAUGACGUGAUCUCCCUUACCAUGAUAAACAAAACCAACCCUCCCCCCCCCAAAAAAAAUUGCCUGUAAAUAGUAAAGUUCUCUGUAAACUCGAAUAUCCCUUGUAGGGGAGACAGAAUUUCCACUUGCCCCUCUUAGGGUAUUUUGUGUACCUGAGAAUUAAGUUGACAUAAGAAAGACCAAUAGAGAAAAUCAUACAAACGUAUGAAUCUUACAGGACAGCAGAACCCUCAUAAGGAAGUGAAGAUCCAGAGACAGAUGAAUACUUACAUUGUGAAUCAGACAAAGAGUAUUAAAAUGAGACAAGUCCAGGGGCUGAAGCUCAAUGUGAACUGGGUGGAGAAGUGACCAGCAAGUAAGGUGAGUUUAACAGUAGUGCACAUUUUCCUGAAAGGGCCUCAACUUUCUGUCCUCCUCGAUAGAAAUGAUACUUGCUCAUUUAGUAAGGGAUUUCAUCUCCUGCUUUUAAAAGAAACAGUACAAAGCAGAUGAUCUUGCCCCUCUGCUUUUCAGGGGCCUUAAGUCAAUGCAGCAUUAUGUCAGAAUGCCAUAUUUGAGGGCAGCAUAGUCUUAAUCCCUUCACUCUGUACUUGAUGCUCUUUGGUUGCUUUUUAUUCUCCCCCGUCAUCUCUUGUUGGUUUUCUAGUUUUUGUUCCCUACUCUAGUUAGAGGGAAAUAAAUACAGUUGUCCCUUUGAGGAAGGGCUUCUGAGUUCUCAGGCCUGUCCAAUGAACCUUUAGCCCUAGUGGGUUUGACCUGUUGGCCCAGCACUUCUCUCGUGGUCUAUAAGACCCAGCCAGCCCAGGACAGAGCAGCUGGUGCAGACAGCCACGGAGGGCAGUUCUGCUGAGAUGAAAAAGAAGAACACCUAGCCUAGCCCCUGUGCUGGCUGAGGUUCCUUUUCCUUCUCCUCCACAUCACUGCAGCGUAUUGGGAAUAUCUGUGUGUUUGCAUUGACACCCCCAUGUUCCACCUUGGUGGAAUAAGGAGGAAUGGCUGACUCUGGGCAGCCCUCAGUAGCAUCAUCAUCAAAAGAUGAGACCAAGGGGCUGGGGAUGUGGCUCAAGUGGUAGAGCGCUCGCCUAGCAUGCGUGAGGCACUGGAUUCGAUUCUCAGCACCACGUUAAAAACAAAAUAAAGAUAUUGUGGCCACCUAAAACUAAAAACAUAAAUAUUUUAAAAAGAUAUGAGACCAAAAAUGCACUAAGAGAAGGGUAGGGAGAUUGUGGAGCUGAAGGAUGUGGGACGAAGAAGAGAUCCCAAGGAGAGAGGAACAUGUAGUCAGCACCACGGUGAGAAGAACACGGAAUAAAAGAGACGUUUCUAAGAACAGCUAGUGACUUGUGCUUUCGGAGAACGGUCUCUAUAUGAACAAAUUCAAAUAUAACAGAACAACUGGGAUUUCUUUGGGUUGUGUUAUCAGAUCACCUAAGACCUCACUGUUAUUUCUCCGUAUUCCUCAAGGCAAGAGUUACUAAGUACUCUCGCUUGAAUCUAACACAGUACCUCCCUGGCCCAUGGUAAAGAUUUGCUGGAUAGGUGGACAGCCAAUAGAAGGGGGACAGAAAUAGUAUUCAUAAGAAUAUAAAAGGGGCUGGGAUAUAGCUCAGUGAUAGAGCACUUGCCUGAUGUGGGAGGCCCUGGGUUUGAUUCACAGCACUGGGAAGUUGGGGGAUAUAUUACUCCAAAGAAGUGAAGGCAGAGAUUUGAACAGAUAUUUGUACAUCCACCUUCAUAGCAGCAUUAUUCACAAUAGCCAAAAGGUGAAAGCAAUACAGGUGUCCACUGGCAGAAAUGGAUGCCCAAAAUGUGGUUCAUACAUACAAUGGAAUAUUAUUCAGUAUUAAAAAGGGAGGGAAAUUUUGGCAUAGCUACAACACAAACGAGCCUUGAAGACUCGUGUAUCUACUGUAAUAAACCAGUCAAACAUUGGAAAAAUACCAUGUGACUCCUAGUAAAUGAAUUCCUAGGAUGGUUCAAUCCAUGCAGGCAGAAAGUGGAAUGGUGGCUGCCAAGAGCUAGAGAGGCAUGAGCCAAUGUUGGACAGGUACAGAAGUUCCCUGGAAAAGAUGAAAAUCUGUGGAUGAUUGGUGCUUAUGGUUGUGGAACAUUUGUGCUGAAUACCACAGGGUCCUUAACACUUAAAAAUGGUUAAAGUAAUCACUGGGUACUCUCCAUGCAUGUAUGGAAAUAUCACACUGAACCCCAUUAACCCAUACAAUUAAUAUGCAUUAAUAAAUAUUUCUUUAAAAAUGGCUAAAGCAGAGCCAGGCACACCUGAAAAUCAGCUACUCAAGAAGCUGAGACAAAGAUUUCAAGUUUGAGGUGAGCUUAAGCAACUAUUGAAACCCUGUCUCAAAACAAGAAAUAAUAAUAAAAGGUGGAGCUCAGUGGUAGAGCUCUUGCCUAAUGUGUGAAGCCCUGGGUUCCAUCCUGGCACCACAAAAAAAGGCAAAAGUUCAAAUGAUAAAUUUGGUUAUAUGUUUUAUCACCAUAGUAGAAAAAAGAAUACUUUUAUGAUCAACUAAUUUAUAAGUUUGGAACAAUAAAAGUCAUUUUUAUAACCAAGAAGUGAAAAUAUAAAUUAGAGAGCGAAGAUGGCAAUGACUCUAGACUUAGAACUGUGCCAUCAAAAAUGUGUUGCCUGAAUCCUGGUACUGAGAGGGACCAGUUUUAAUCUUGUCCACUCCUCAUUAUCCCCAUAAUUCUCUCUUAAAAAUCAAAAACAAGGGCUGGGGUUGUGGCUCAGCGGUAGAGCGCUCACCUAGCACGUGAGAUGGUUGGCCCUGGGUUCGAUCCUCAACACCACAAAAAAAAUGAAUAAAAUAAAGGUAUUAUGUCCAACUACAACCAAAAAAUAAAUAUUAAAAAAAAAAACUUUCUACUUUGAAAAAGUUCAGGCCUACAGACAAGUUGAGUGUCCAUUUGAUUUCCUCCUCCUCCACCACAAGAAGUACGAAAGUUUUUGAUGUGGCUUCAGCCCCAGUCUGCCUGGAACUCCAUGGCUAUGGCCUCUCGGAGAUGGUUUCUGGGUACAGGAGUGGGCGAGGCACGUUGAGCAUGAAGCCUGUGCUGGUUUGUGGAACAGCGCCUGGUCCAUGAUACCCAGCCGGUUCCAAUGCCUUUGAUCCUGACCAUCACACAGCUCUGUGCUAGUCUGGUUUUUCUGCCAGAACGUACCCAGCUCAUUAGCUUGUUUAGUCAUCCCAGUAACUACGUGAGUUGGUGCCCUGGUUGCUGUCACAGAGACUAACUAGAUCCAUGGCAUCUUGUUAAUGGCAGGCUUAUUAAAGUAUGCAAAGGCUGAGCGGGAGGGUAAGACAGAGGCAGGUGAGUGUGUGGUAGUGAGAAGAGGCAUGGGGUCAGGAAGAAGGGGUGCAAGGGAACAUUCAGGAAAUGGCUCAGAACUACUCCAGAUAUCUUGGAUAUCUAUAUUAUACUGACAACUUGGGAGGAAAAAAAAAAAACUAGUCCUAAAGUCUCUGUUACAUAAGAAGCUCUCUAGAAGACACCCCACCUGCAAGGUGACCUUUGGAGAUGAUGUGACCUGGGACCAGAAAACUUUACACAGAGGAGGUUUGCCAUACCCUGAAGGGGCUUAACUGAGCGUGGUGAGCAGACUGCAGUCCUUGCCAGCAUCAGAGUUAAUUUGGUAAAUCUUGCAGACUGCCUUCCUUCAGAUGUUUACCUAAAGCUUCCAUCUGCCUCCAAAUAUAAAUGGAUGAGAAGUUCAGCAUAUUUGAGGCAUAUUUUUGCAUUUGGCUAUAUACAGGAUUAUACUGUUGUACAAGUAGAUACUUUAAUCUGGUUUAAAUUUAAUUUUUCUCUUGGGUGUGUGAAUGUGGUUAAGCAUUACCCUUUCCCUGGGGCCAUCUUUCAAAGUGCAAGUUGCCUAAACAUAGAAGUGUUCAUUUUUUUCAUGUAGCAAGAAUUCAGAGUGGGUGUUUGCUGCUGCCUAUUCAGUGGCUUGAGGAUUUGGGGACCAAGAGUCUUUUGGUCUGAACCUCCUGGUUCCAAGAUGGCUGCUACAAGUCUCACCAUCAUGUUAGAGUUCCACCAGAAAAAUGAAAGAGGGGGAGGAGAGGACAAAAAUAGCAUGCUUCCCACCUGAAAAUCAAGCUCCUUUUAAUAAAAACUAUCUCAGAUAUUCCACAUGAUUUAGCUCUUCUACAGUGGAAGUUGAGGAAGAAACCUUUCACAGAGACAUGCUUCUGCCACCAACAAUGCAGUUCUCUUUGUAAAGAGAAAGGGGAGGACAGAUGUUGGAAGGUCACUGGUGGUCCACCAGAGUCAUACCUGCAGGUCUGUUUCUGAACUCUAUUUCACUAGUCUGUUCUGGCAACUGGCCCGCACUGUUUUAAAGGCACCAUCCAUUAGAAAAUCUGAGGUCUGGUGUUCCUUCUGCUUUCUGUGUAGCUGGUAUGUACGCUGGCUGCUUAGUAAGCUAAGCAGUCACUGUGCUUGUUUAUUCUAAUCCCCUGCCUAUUGAGACCCCGUUGUCAAGAUGGGAACCACUGCUGGAAUGCAUCCUUGGAGGAGGUGCCAGAUGCAGAGAGAGCUUCCUGCAGGCAUUUCUAGAUUGGACUUUUGGUAAGACAAAAAUCACAGCUUUUGAAGUUCCUAUUUUAGCAGAGUAUUCCCAAGCAACUGCAGAUUUUUACUUCUUCAACCCCUUUCAGUUAAUUUUGAAUUCCUGGGUCUUAAUUUUAUUGUGUUUGUAUGCACACAAGGUUCUGAGGGCAGUAUACACGUUUUAGACCAAGAAGCACAGACCUUUGGCUGAAUGAGGAAGCCAAACCCAGAGUCACUGAUCUUGAGGCUUUUUGUUAAGUGUGGAAGCAUAUUGAAGUCUCCAGCUGCAUAGUGAAGUCUCCGCCAUAUUGGCAGAACCCAAACACAAACAAGCUGAUGGGAAAUGGAGUGUGUCUAAUCCAUUCACCAGCAGCUUGGCCUGGCCUCAAGCCAUUCCUGACCUUGAUACUGUUGAUUCAUGCUUAUUCCUCUGCUGCCUCUGAAUGUAGUUAUUUGAGGACAUGAGAUAUAUUACUCUAAAGGCACAGGUAGAAACCAGGUACCCGUGCCUUUUCAGCCGACUACAGAGCCUUUGAGGAAUUAAUUUUGACCAGGACAAAAUACAGAGGUUAGCCAUAUAAAUGCUUUCAGAGAGGGGGGAAAAAUCAUGCUCAUAGACUCUGGGUAGGGAAAGUUACUUUAUUUCUAAUACAAUAAACAUACAUUUUAAAAAACAGAUGUAUUUUUCAAUUCAGUUUUUCUCCUUUAUUGGAAAAGAAGCCAGAAUAUUCUCAACCCACAAUUUAAAUUUAGAACACAAAACAUAACAUGUAUUUUGGUUUUAUGUUGUGCCCAAACUGACUGAAAUGAGAAGGGUAGAGAAGGAAACCCUAGAAGGAAUGAAACCUCUGUUUCAUAAAGCUUGAGAAGCAAAGAUCUAAUCAAUAAAGUCUCUCUUUUUUGAUAACCCUUUAUGCCUAAAAAUGGGUAAACGUUGAAUGUAAGCUCUCUUCAUCAAGCUAAAAUCUGAAAGCAUAGGUAUUUUUGAAAUCUACCCUUCUUAUUUAAAAAAAAAAAUCUCUAUAGAGAAAAAUUCAAUGUUUUGCUUCACAAUGAAGGUCACAAAUUAUUACAAAGUAAAAAACGUUUCAUUGGUUUCAUUAUCUCAUUUUAGACUUCCGGCUAAAAGCCCUGACAGAUAGUACGUUUUGUGUCUUGGAAUUGCUGCCAAAUCCUUACUACUGCUUUGCUGGUUACAGGGUUCUUAGCUGACCAUGUGGCUUUGCCAGCUAAGAUACACUAGAAGCUUUUGAUGUUUGCCCUGUGGACAGAUGCGAUAGAGCCCAGAAUCAAGUCUGUUCUCUUCUAACCGGUGUGACUGUAAAAAGGCAAUUGAACUUGGCACUUUCUUGCUAGGCUUUCGCAGCCUAGAUUUCUUACAACCAUGAGGGACCAGCAGCUGGUCAACAUGUCCUGAUGUGGGUUGCUCAUAUCCCAUGUAAACCUACACCCCGUGACUCUCCUCCAACCCGAGAGGCUCCAGUGAAGUUACAAGCAGGAAGCAUUCUGAUCUAAAGAGGCAGGUAACAGUGACUUUCAGAACCACUAUUCUCAUGGAAGCCUCUGUUUCACAGUCUUGCAGAUGAAGUAGUCCUUUAUCCAAGGAAGGUCAUGACCAUGGUCUUGGUUCUUGCAAACCAAAGCAACCUGCCUAAACAGAAAGCUAUCAAUUGUAACAUGUUGUACAGGGACUUCAGACAGAGGCCCCUUGGAUGAGAGCCAGCCUAGUUCACCAAGCUGGGAAAGUUUUACAGGACCUCUGAUUUUUGGCAAUGGAAGACUGCAAAAGCCCUGAUGGGGAGUAUGUUUUAUAUGUUUGCAUUGUUGCAAAAUCCUUUUUCUGCUUUGCUGGUUAUAGGGUCAUUAAGAUGACGUCAAACAGGGAUCUACAAUGAGCCAUUACAGUUUUGCCACAUCUGUAGAAUUCCCCCCCAAAAGAUGUUGAACUUGGGGAGAAGCUCAUAGCUUCUGCAAUGCAGUGUUACAAACGCUGUUUAAGCUCUGCAUAGAAUGAGUUGUCAUUUAAAAUUCUUUGGUUAUAAGUCUUCCAAAAAAUAUCGAACAUACUGGGAGAAAAAAAACACAACUCAAUGGUUAACUAGGAAACUAUCUUCAUGACUCUCAAAAUCCAAGACAGGUGUAUCUACAUCAUUCUGAAAAUCCCAUGAACAAUUUUGAAACUUCAGUAAAAACCUUUGACAAAAAGGAAUGUUGUCAAAUAGUGAAAAACAAUAAUUAGAAGGUCAGCAUGGAGGAAUAGUAAAUGCUUUCGAGAAAUAAAAUGAACAACAUGUUGACUCCUUUUUGGUUUUCCCGAGAAAACUUUCCUCACAGAGGUUUUCAUGUGGACCAAAAUUGUCUUUUUUUCCUAAGUUCUUCACAUGCACUCUAUCAUAGGACCUCUGUAAUAGCACUAUUAGAUUGAAAAGCCAUUUUCCCAUUUCACACGUGGGAAUUAAAGACUUGCCCAAGAUUAAUGGUUUGCUGGGGUCGCUUGAGGAGUUUGGGAUGGCAGAGCCCGGAUGGAAUUCAGGUCUUCAUUUGUUCCAGUGAGGAACUAACCCUGGGCCAGAAUAGAUACUGAGGUUGGAGUAAUGAGCAAGGCCUUCAAGGAACUUACGUGCCUGCAUGGCAAUGGAUAAUAAAGAAGUAAAAGUAUGUCAAGUGCUUAGAGGAAAACCAGGAGUAUGAUAGACAGGAGAGUGAUUUGGGUAGAGUGAUCAUCAGAGAGGACCUAAGGAAGACAUUUCUCCUGAAACUUGAAGGUCCAGGCAGGACAGGGUCCAGGGGGAACUGGUCUAGAUUGGGGAACAGCAAGUGCAAAGAUCCUGAGGCAAGGAAGAGGCUGAUGUCCCAGGAACUCUUAUAAGACUGGUGUAAGAAAGAAAAAGUAGAAUAAGAUCAACUGGGGAGAAAGGCAAGCAUGGGAGCUACUGGGCUUUAUGGUCAUGGAAGAGAUUUCCAAUUUUAUUCUACAUGAAGUGAAAUCUCAGUGAAGUGUUGUAUGCAUAGGAAGUGAGUCUAGGGAGAGGGGUUGUUCUAACCUAUGAAUUUUAAAAAUCAUUUUGGCUACAGUACAGAAAAUGGAAAAUGAGGGAGGCCAGAUGGGAGAUUGUUUUAUACCCAGGCAAGGAUUGAUGCUGGUUUGGAUUAGGGUGGUUCCCACAGAGUAAAAAGAAGUGAGCAGAUCUGAAGUACAUUUUGGAUAUAGAACCAAGAAGGUUCUACUGCUGCCAAGGCAUUGAAGAGGUGGUCUCAAGCUGCAUUUAAUAGUGAAGGCUCUGAAGUUGGACCACAGUUGAAAAUCUUGACCCCUAGCUGUAUGACCUAAGAAUGAAGAUAUUCAAAUGUUGUUUUAAAUACACCGUACAGCAGAAAGUUUUCAUCCUGUUUUUAACCCUAUGGCUGUUCUCCUUAUUAAAGCUUCUAAAUGUGAGAAGACUCCUCUUCCCUCAAAGAGGCAUUUACUUAGUUGAGUACUCCUUAAGUACUUCACCUUUUGUAAGGAACAGAUACACCCAUGUUAAGGAUGAAAUUAGGUAUGAAGUCAACUGUUCAGGUAUCUACGAACAGGAGCCUUUGGAAAUUGGCAAGAGUCUGGAAAUAAGAAGGCAAGACAUCAUCGACUUGGAGGAUGAUGAUGUUGUGGCAUUGACCAGCGACUGUGACAUCUAUCAGACUCUGAGAAGGUACCAUCAGAAGCUAGUUUCAAAGGAGGAGAAGGGCUUCCCAAUAGCUUAUUCUUUGGUUGUCCACAAAGAUGCAAUUAUGGUUGAAAGGCUUAUCCAUGCUAUAUACAAUCAGCACAAUAUUUACUGCAUCCAUUAUGACCUUAAGUCAACUAACACCUUCAAAGUAGCCAUGAACAAUUUAGCUAAGUGCUUCUCCAAUAUUUUCAUCGCUUCCAAAUUAGAGGCUGUGGAAUAUGCCCACAUUUCCAGACUCCAAGCUGACUUAAACUGCUUAUCAGACCUUCUCAAGUCUUCAGUUCAAUGGAAAUAUGUCAUCAACUUGUGUGGGCAAGAUUUUCCCCUGAAGUCAAAUUUUGAAUUAGUGUCAGAGUUGAAGAAACUCAAUGGAGCCAAUAUGUUAGAGACGGUGAAACCCCCUAACAGUAAAAUGGGAAGAUUCAUGUAUCACCAUGAGCUCCGACAGGUGCCUUAUGAAUAUGUGAAGCUACCAAUAAGGACGAACAUCUCCAAGGAAGCACCCCCUCAUAACAUUGAGAUAUUUGUUGGCAGUGCCUAUUUUGUUUUAAGUCAAGCAUUUGUUAAAUAUAUUUUCAACAACUCCCUCAUUAAAGACUUUUUUGCCUGGUCUAAAGAUACCUAUUCUCCUGAUGAGCACUUUUGGGCUACCUUAAUUCGGGUACCAGGGAUACCUGGGGAGAUUUCCAGAUCAGCCCAGGAUGUGUCUGACCUACAGAGCAAGACCCGCCUUGUGAAGUGGAAUUAUUAUGAAGGGUUUUUCUAUCCCAGUUGUACUGGCUCCCACCUUCGCAGUGUGUGUAUUUAUGGAGCUGCAGAAUUAAGGUGGCUUAUCAAAGAUGGACAUUGGUUUGCUAAUAAGUUUGAUUCUAAGGUAGACCCUGUCUUGAUUAAAUGCUUGGCAGAAAAGCUUGAAGAACAACAGAGGGAAUGGAUGACUUUGUCUUCGGAAAAGUUAUUUAUGGAUAAAAAGCCCACGAUCAUAUCAUCACAGUAAAACCAAGAUGGAAAUAAGAGGAGUUAUUGGAGUUAAUAUGGAGUUAUAUACCAUGCCAAGCCCAACGACAUUAGAACUUAAUCUUAUCAGAGUUUGAAAGUCACCUAAAGUUCUAUGCACUAUAAGGAAAGCCACCUAGACUUUGAUCACACGAGUUGAAGUUGAUUUUUUUUUAAUGUCUGUUUUUGCUUGUAAUCUCACUGAGCUAAAUCAGAGAGCUUAAGCUUUCAGUCAGUCAUCAAAUAUUUACUGAGCACCUAACUCUGCAUCAGGUACAUUUUUUGGAAAACAUUAAGGAAUUAAAUCCAAGUUGUAAUGAGUUGCACAAUGCCCUCAGGAAGCAAUGGCCUACCCUCAUCUCACGGCAACCUCAGUAUCUUCCUGUUCUCCACAUAACAAGGAUUCCACUGAAGAAGCUGCUGGAGUAUGUGACAAUCACAUAAACCACUCAUUUCAGGAGAGUGUAUAAGCACAGUGACCAGCAUCUGUUUGUCUCUUAGUUCAGAUCCCUAAAUGUUUCUUAACCAUUCGAAUAUUAGGAGGAGAGAUUCCACUACCUCAGAGACACUCAAAGAAUCGUCUGAUUGCUUGCUUGCCAAAGCAUAAUUUACCUUUUGGUGCCUCAUGCGUUUAAUUCAGGGCUGAGAGGACUCUGUUGGUGUGACAUUUAUGGAGUAUGAAUGCCAGGGAAGAGGGUGGGUGGGAGGUAGGGGAACUGGGUCAGGUGGUGCCUGAAGAGGAACAGAAAAAAAGGAUUAUUCAACCUUUGUAUCAUGUUACUCAAUGGCGUCAUGAAUGACUUCCUUUGCAGUUCAACUGUUUCUCCAAACACAUUUGCUGAUGAAAAAAUAAGAAUUGAUUCAAAGUGUCACACACCAGGACCUUAAACCUACAUCUUCCACUUCCUAGGUUAUCAUGAUAGGUAAGCUCCUUGACAAUGGAAUGUAAUGCUUCCAAUGGAAUUUGUACAAUUUUGUUUAAUGGAACUAUCAAGUCACUACAUUUUUCUUGAAAACUUCAACAUGGAAUAUGAUAGUUUUCUAAAUUAACUAUUAUGGUCAUUUAAAUUUUUUUUUCUUCAACUGUUAAAGUGGAAUGAUAAUGAAAUUUAAAAAUGAUAAAAGCUCUAAGUUCAUUUCAGUUUUCCUCUGAACUUAGAUCCAAAGCAAAAAAAAAAAAAAAAAAAGCUAAUUUUCCUAAGGACAGGAAUAUUCAUUAAUGCUGUUU